AGAACAAUGGCGGUGGGUCGGAUUAGGUCGGUAGCGGCGAGGCCGGCGAGCCGCGCUCCUGGAGCUGUCGAUGGUGGGCGCAGCUCCGGCCACCCUCCGAGAGACAGCGGGCCUGUGCUGCCCGAGCCUCAGUGGCCCGCGAGGGCGUGCCUACAAAUUGCCGGGUUCCACUUCUCUCCUGACCCAAGGGUUCGGCCGCUCGAGGUGGACGCUGCCCUUGGCUGCGCGGACGCCGGCGGAAUGGGGCUCCUCCUGGUGGCCGCGGGGUCUGCGAUGCUCCGGCGUCUGUCGCUUCGGGGAAAUAAAUUCUAAAGGAAUUGGAUGAAUAUUAUGAGAAAUUUAAGCGUGAGACUGAUGGUACACAGAAGAGGAGAGUUUUACAUUGCAUUCAGAGAGCUCUGAUUCGGAGCCAGGAACUGGGCGAUGAAAAGAUUCAGAUUGUGAGUCAGAUGGUAGAGCUAGUUGAGAACCGAACCAGACAAGUGGACAGUCAUGUAGAACUUUUUGAGGCACAUCAAGAGAUCAGUGACACUACUGGCAUCAGUGGCAAAAUGAGCCAAGAUAAGUCGAAGAAUGAGACAAUCACUCAAGCAGAAAAGCCCAAUAAUAAGAGAUCUCGGCGACAACGCAACAAUGAGAAUCGAGAGAAUGCAUCUAAUAAUCAUGAUCACGAUGACAUCACCUCAGGAACACCGAAGGAGAAGAAAGCAAAAACAUCAAAGAAAAAGAAACGCUCUAAGGCCAAAGCAGAGAGGGAAGCAUCCCCUGCAGAUCUUCCCAUUGACCCGAAUGAACCAACGUACUGUCUGUGCAAUCAGGUCUCCUAUGGAGAAAUGAUAGGCUGUGACAAUGAUGAGUGCCCCAUUGAGUGGUUUCAUUUCUCUUGCGUGGGACUUAAUCAUAAACCAAAGGGCAAGUGGUACUGUCCCAAAUGUAGAGGAGAAAAUGAAAAAACAAUGGACAAAGCACUGGAGAAAUCCAAAAAAGAGAGAGCUUAUAACAGGUAGUUUGUGGACAUUCAUUUAAUAGUGAGGAAAACAAAAUAAACCAGUGUAUUUAUUACAUUGUCACCUUUGUUGAGGUGUAAGGAUUGUAAGAUGUAUAUUUUUAAAGAAUGUUAGAAAAGGAACCAUUCCUUUUAUAGGGAUGGCAGUGAUUUUUUUUUCUUUUGUUUUCAUUGGUAUCCAUGUGUAACAAGAGUGGCCUGUGGAUCAACAUUUUAGAAACUACAAAUACAGGUUUGAAUUAAACAAUCAAGUGAGUCUCAGACUGAUUUUUUUUUUUUGGUGGCUGGAAGCAACCUAAUGCAUUGAAAUGUGGAAAGAAAAAGAUUUCAUUUGAUAAAAAUAAUGAAAAAUAUUUCAUUUAAUAAAAAUAAUGUUAUCACUUCAUGAACAAAUUUUUAAAAAAUUAGCCAUGUUGCUAAAGAUAAAACCCAUAGCAAAUUUGUUUCUUGCUACCAUAAUGUAUAUCCGUAUAAUGAUUCAGUAACAAAGGUUUAAAGUUAGAAAAUUAUUUUUUAAAAGGAUAAAUGGUUAAAUUUUACCGGCAAAUAUUUUAUAUACUGGCCCGUUCCCCAAAUGGCCAUUUUUAAAUAAUUUGAGUACAUUUUAUAUUAUGCCAAACAGAAGUGGUCUAGUCAUUCAUAUCAUGCUUUUACCAUCACAGAUCAUAAUAUCGCAGUCUUUAAUUUAUAUAAGC